AUGAUCAGAGAUUUAAAGCCAGGCAAUAUUUUACUUUCUAAUGAUUUAACACCAAAAGUUUGUGAUUUUGGAUUGUCCAAACUUUCAAACGAUAAUUCAAAAACCACCAAAACAGGACAAGUUGGUUCUUUGCUAUACAUGGCUCCAGAAGUUCUAUUAGGUAAAAAUUAUAAUGAAAAGUCAGAUGUCUAUAGCUUUGCCAUCAUAAUGUGGCAAUUAAUAUUUGAUGAGAAUUGUAUAUUCCAGUACAAUUAUGGAACUAAUCAAAAGUAUUCCACAAUCAUGCCAACACAGGAAGGUGAAACAUUUGCACACAUUGCAAAUCAGAAUUCUCUCCUUCUAGUUCCAAAACUAAUAUCUGAAGGAUUACGUCUACCUCUUCCAAAAUUGCCUCUUAAUCCCCAAUCUCAAAUUAUGAAAAUGUGGAUUAGAGAAUAUUUCAUUAAAGAUGAUUUGAAUCAAGCAAAGAGAUUAAGCAUAAUUAGGCAGGAAGAUCCUUUUGAAAAGCAUUUAACAGUUCUUGAUGCAUUGUUUUCCAUGGUACAAUGUUCGUGGUGUGAAGAUUUCUAUCAAAGGCCUUCCUUUUCAAAACUUGCUGAACAGUUAUUAGAAACAAGAAGUAUUUAA